CCCACUGUAAAUUUCUGUGCGAAGCCAGUAUUUUCACAGUAGAAACACAAGAUGGAGCCAAACGUCUAAAUCUCCCACAGGCGCCGAAAGGAGCGUGGGUUUUUGGCAAAGUCGGCUCUGCUGCAGUCCUUCACUAGUUUGGCAAAACAAGGAGCGCGAAGUAGAGCACCGUCAGGUUGAGUGGAAUCGAGUUUGAAGGGAGUGUUUGCUGCCCGCGGACUAGAGUGGGGGAAACGACAAGGCGGAAAAAAGUUCAUUUGAUCAAAGAGCCGGGUUAUUUACUCAAAAGGAAGAGCCAGGUGAAAACAAGCUCGCCGCUGCCCUGUCAGUCAUGCGGACGGCCCCGCCCCCCCCGCUGUGAGGCUCGCCGGGUCCCGCGGUCAGGAUGGCGGACGGAGAGGGCCGCUGCGAGCUGCCCAUCGCCCCGGGGCAGCUGUACAUCGAGGUGGAGUACGACUACGAGUACAAGGCCAAGGACCGCCAGGUCAGCAUCCGCGAGGGCGACUGCUACAUGCUGGUGAGGAAGACCAACGAUGACUGGUGGCAGGUGAAGAAGGACGAGAGCAGCAAGGCCUUCUACGUGCCCGCCCAGUACGUGCGGGAGGUACGCAAGGCCCUCAUGCCCCCCCCCAAAGCCCUGCACCAGGGCAGGUCCGGGCGGACCGCCCCCAAACCCAACUUCCUGCACGUCCGCAGGCCGGACGACACCCUCGGCCGAAACCUCGACGCGCCCGGCUUCGGGACGUCCCCCCGGGACGCCGGCCAGCGCCCGGAGAGCCCCGGGCGUUGCCAGGACAACCACGUGGCCGCGCCGGCGCGGGCGGAGUCGCCCGUCCCCCGGCACCCCGCCCCGGGGAUCUGGGUCACCCCGGACGAUUCGGGCGGGAGCUCGGAGAAGCUGCGCAUUGACUCGGAGUCUGGAGACGAGCUGAGCAGCGGCUCCCUGGAGCACCUGCAGACUGCUCCCCCUGCUGGUCAGGUGAGGGCUGACUCUCCGGUCUACACAAACCUGCAGGAGCUGAAGGUGUCGCAGUCCAGCCUGCCCCCCCAGCCCUACGCCCCCCCCCUGCACACACUGGGCGACUGGGACACGCACAAGGACGCCACCGGCCGCCAUUUCUACCACAACCGCGUCACGCAGGAGCGCACCUGGAAGCCGCCGCGAGCGCGCGACUCCGCCAACACCGCCAACCGCGGAGACGCGCCGGGGGAGUCAGAGCAUCUGUCUUCGGAGGAGACGUGUCACAGUGCUUACUCCAGCCAAUCAGACAGCCAGUACGGGUCUCCACCCUCGGGCUGGUCAGAGGAGCUGGACCAGUACGGACACACCCUUUACGUGUGCGAGUUCACUAACGAGAAGGUACCGGGGCUUCCCUCUGUCUGUCUGUCUGUCUGUCUGUCUGUCUGUCUGCCCUCUCUCCUCCCACCGCCGUCCUUCUUGGGCCACGCCUCAGAUCAGACUCUGUGCCGAUAUACCCUGUCCCCUUUGCAGCCAGGCAACGCCGCCCAUAAGACCCGGAGUUUGGACAGGAAGGAACCCAUCGUGCUGAACAAGUGGAGGCACAGCACCUGCGUCCUGGAGACCAACGAGAAGCCUGUGAAGCACAGGCGGUUCCGCUCCGAACGCCUCCCCAGCUCUCCAACCUAUGAGGAAGAAGAGUCCCUGACAGGCUCAAAACACAGCCCCCCCGACUCAGACUCCAGCCCUUCAUCUCCAAAGUCCCCUUCAUCCCCUUCGGAGAAGUGCGCCGUCCUCAAUGUGACCAAGAUCACGGAGCACGGGAGGAAAGUCCGGAAGAACUGGACCUCCUCUUGGACCGUCCUGCAGGGCUCCUCCCUCCUGUUCUCUAAGGGCCAAGGGGGCGGGACUAGCUGGUCUUACUACCGCAGUGGCUCCUUCCCCGAGCUGCUCCUCUCGCUGCUAAGCAACUGGAGGCGGUCCGUCAAGCCCCGCCCAGCCGUCUCCUAUGUGUACUCUAGGCUUGGCCCGGCUGCUACUUUCGGGGGGGGGCACUCCAAGCCGGAGUUCACGGUGGAUCUGAGGGGGUGGGCUCCAGUGUGGGUGGCCCUCUCAACGGACAACCACGUAACGAACACCUUCUCCCUGAAGACCAGGAAGGGCACUGAGCUGCUCAUCUAUUCAGAGAGCGAAGGCGUCAUCGAUGACUGGUACAAAGCCCUGGCAGAUACCAUCAGCGCCCACGCCUGGGAGUCGGACGAGGCCAUCGAGGAAGACAUGCCAGAGUCUCCGGGGUCGGAGAAACACGACAAGGAGAAAGAGCACCGCGACUCGAAAAAGAACAAAGCGAUGAAGAGCUCGGCCAGCAUGGACUCCUCGGACCAGAAGAAGACGCGAGUCAAACUGAAGAAGUUCCUCACCCGCCGACCGACCCUGCAGUCCGUCAAAGACAAGGGCUACAUCAAAGAUCAAGUGUUCGGCAGCAGUCUGGCCAGCCUGUGCCAGCGAGAGAACAGCACCGUGCCUGACUUCGUCAGAAUGUGCAUCGACCACGUGGACAACAACGGUCUUGAAAUUGACGGGCUGUACAGAGUGAGCGGAAACCUGGCAGUGAUCCAGAAGCUGCGCUUUGCUGUCAAUCACGAUGAGAAGGUGGAUUUGGAGGACAGUAAGUGGGAGGACAUCCACGUGACCACUGGCGCUCUGAAGAUGUUCUUCCGGGAGCUUCCGGAGCCGCUCUUCACCUUCGCGUACUUCGAAGACUUCAUCAGCGCCGUCAAAUCUUUUGACAGAAAGCAGCGUGUGAAGGACCUGAUCAAACAGCUGCCCAGGCCGAACCACGACACCAUGCAGGCCCUCUUCAAGCACCUCAGAAACGUGAUCCAGUACAAGGAGCAGAACCGCAUGUCGGAGCAGAGCCUGGCCAUCGUGUUCGGACCCACGCUGCUCCGGCCCGAGGUGGAGUCGGUCAGCAUGGCCGUCCACAUGGCGUACCAGAACCACAUCGUGGAGUUAAUCCUGCUGGAGUACGACAGCAUCUUCGGCAGAUAGAACCGCCCCCCCCACCCCCUCCCGCCCUGUCCUCCCCCCCAACCCCAACCAAGCCCGGGGUGCCGACUCGGACUGUGGACCAAUCAGUGUAGAGAUGGUAUACAUAUAUAAAUAUCGAUGGUAAUAAUAGUUUACUUUGCACUUACAGUUUUUUUGGAACUCCAUAUCCGCUUGUUUUUUUUUGGGGGGGGGGGGGCGGGGGGAUGGUUGCCACCACUGUUGCCAUGGAGAUUAUGAGGAUAUAUGUGAGCGCCCCCUAGGGGUGACCAAGCUGCCUGACUAAACGCCUGGGACUGGCUGUGGAGAGAGAGGGAGGGACGAGAGAGUGAGGCAGGGUUAGAAUGAGAGAGUGAGAGUGAGAGAUGUUUACUCUUUUUUUCUGGUGGCUGGGGUUGUACUGACAGUGGUGGUGAGGGAGGGGGGCGUGGUCAGGGUCACAAGAGUGGCGGGGGAUUGUGGGAUGGGACCUACUCCACAGGCCUGAUUGUUUUUGGGUCAGCUUCAUUUGUGUAUCAGAAGGCAGCCAGAACCAGAACUUCGACCACAGCGGAGAGGAGUGGGCAGGGGGGGGGAGGGGGGAUAUUAGCCCCCGGAACGUCUGUUCUGCUCUCAGAAUUUGGGUAAUCUGGGCCAGUCUAGGUUUGGGGUGACCUCCGUGUGUACUCUGUAAACAGAGCCUGAAGACUGCAGUACACAACUGUACAGAACUACAUGAUUUUAUCAAGAUGCACGGACGUCUCUUCUGUACCAGCACUGGUGGCAAUGUAUAUAGCAGGGGUCUCAAACUCCAAAUCCCAGAGGGCCGCAGUGUCUGCAGAUUUAACUCUAGUCCUGGAGGGUCACAGAGUGUCUGCAGAUUUAACUCCAGUCCUGUAGGGCCGCAGUGUCUGCAGGUUUAACUCUAGUCCUGGAGGGCCGCAGUGUCAGCAGGUUUAAGAUCAGUCCCGGAGGGCCGCAGUGUUUGCAGGUUUACCUCCAGUCCUGCAGGGGGCGCUGUGUCUGUAUGUUUAAGUGUUGAAAUGCACUGAAAACCUGCUGCUGAUGUGGCCCUUCAGGAUCCCCGGUGUAAUGUGACAAAAUGUUGGCCUAAAAGCCAAAGGCGGUGAUUUCUAAUUUUCCCUGGACUUACUGGAAUAGGAACCAACUUUUUUUCCCCCCACCAACUAACAUUCUCUGGAUGGAAUCAUUCAGAUCAAAUCUCUUGCUUGCUCCUAUGGCUCACUGAACAAAUCCAUUUUUCCAGGCAGUUAAUAUCUUUUAUGGAGGAGAAACGAAGGCUAUGAGAAUAACUGUUGCAUGAGUUGGAUGUGAAUACGUGGUACAAAUGCAUACGGACUUUAGAAAUAUCUGUAGAACGCGCAGAUCUACGGAAUACUGUGUGUGACACAGAACACACUAUACAGAGUGCAGUGAUGCACAGAACAGACUGAUCUGCAGAAUAGAGACUGGAUACAACUUAAGAUUUUUAAAAGGCUGACUGCAAGAUUUACUGUAAAAUGUUUCAGUAUCAGUACUUUAAGUGUUAGCAGCUGGGGGUUAAAUCACUGAGGUUCUGUAAAUAUUCUAUCAUAUAGACUGAUUUAAAAAAAAUUUAAAAAAACAAUGGAAAAAGACAGGGUUUGAAAAUUUAUUUUAUUUUUUUGGGUCAACUGCACAAUUUUGAAUGUAAUUUUACAGACUAACUGCUGUUCAUGACAUUGCGAUGUCUGUGAAUAAAGAAAACGGACGGAUUAA